CUGGGUGAGCCCCGGCCCCAUGGCGCUGCAGGCGCUGCAGAGCUCGGGGGUGGCCUUCCGCAAGAUCCUGUCUCACUUCCCCGAGGAGCUGAGCCUGGCUUUCGCCUACGGCUCGGGGGUGUACCGCCAGGCGGGGCCCAGCUCAGACCAGAAGCUUAUCAAAUACGGAGUUAUUAGCACCAGCGUUUUGAUCGAAGAUCUCCUCAACUGGAAGAACCUAUACAUUGCUGGUCGACUCCAAAAACCAGUGAGUGAAGAUCGUGGCGAUGAAUGAGGAUGUGGCUCUGCGCUCAGCCCUGGAUCAAAACCUGAAGAGCGCUGUGACCGCGGCCUUCCUCAU